UCAGGGAAGAGGCAGAUGAUAUGGCAGCUUUGUGAGCGACCAGGUGGAACUUGCAUUGUUAAGACGGUUAAACGUCGGAAUAUGAAAACAUUUUAACGCGGAAACAGGGAGAGGGGACACUGCUCGAAAUGAUUUACUUGAUAGUCAUUUCCGCAUUAUCUGGAGCACUCAUUACAUUGGUAUUACAGUUCUUACUGCUUUACCGGAGAAGCCCCGAGCCUAUAGCCAGGACAGUCCAAUAUGUCAAAGCAGUGCCUGAUCCCGCAUUGAAGGAUUACUUUAAUAACCAACAUGCAGAAUCAGGCCAGCAGCAACAAGACAACACAUCAUCCGCUGCACCCAAACAGCAAGAGGCCAUCACUCCCAGGCAUCAGGAAGCGGCUGCCACCAGCAGUAGCCCUAAACAACAACCGUCACCGCCUUGUCAAAGUGAGCCCCUCCACACCUCCAAACCGGAGACGUGCAAUUUUCUAAAUGCUAUCUUUUUGUUCCUAUUCAGAGAACUCCGCGACACUCCCGUCGUUAGGCACUGGCUGACCAAAAAGUUCAAGGUGGAGUUCGAGGAGCUAUUACAAACCAAGACAGCUGGUCGGCUGUUGGAGGGACUCAGUCUCAGGGAUAUCUCCCUUGGUAAUUCUUUGCCCGUGUUUAAAACGGCCAAACUUAUGAAGCCAGUGAGUUUAAAUGAAGACGGCAUGCCCGAGGAACUCAAUUUCGAGGUGGACCUUGAAUAUAAUGGCGGGUUCCAUCUAGCAAUUGAUGUAGACCUUGUUUUUGGGAAGUCAGCAUACCUGUUCGUAAAAAUGACGCGUGUGGUUGGAAGACUGAAGCUGCAGUUCACUCGCAUGCCUUUUACGCACUGGUCCUUCGCGUUCCUUGAGGACCCACUGAUAGACUUCGAGGUGAAGUCACAGUUCGAGGGAAGGCCCUUGCCCCAGCUCACCUCAAUCAUUGUCAACCAGCUGAAAAGAAUCAUCAAGAAGAAACACACCUUGCCAAAUUACAAAAUCAGAUACAAACCCUUUUUCCCGUUCCAAGUGCAACCUCCUAUCGGGUCUUCCGCCUGUGACUUGGACCUCUCCGUUCAGGACUCAGGAUUGGUGGAGGGACGGCUUAGGGUCACCCUUGUUGAAUGUAGCAGGCUUUUUAUCCUGGGCUCGUACGACAGAGAGACCUACGUGCACUGCACCUUUGAGCUGAGCAGCCACGAGUGGAAAGAGAAAACACGCAGCUCCAUCAAAACGACGGAGGUGAUCAAAGGACCCUUUGGCAAUGUGGGUAUGACGUUCAGGCACGUCCCUGCCUGUGAGGGUGACGCAGUUCAUGUCAGCAUCGAGACGGUCACUCCCAACUCUCCUGCUGCCCUGGCAGACCUGCAGAGGGGCGAUCGACUCAUCGCCAUUGGAGGUGUCAAAGUGACAUCCUCUGUCCAAGUGCCCAAACUGCUGAAGCAGGCAGGGGACAGGGUGCUGGUCCUGUACGAGAGGCCUGUGCGUCACCAGAGUCCCACCGUGGGCCUGGGAGCCCUCCAGGAGGGGCUGGGCCAGCUAGAGGAGCCCAGCUUCAUCCCUCCGCCGGGGGGCUAUGAGGAGGACCCGGCCCCCAUCACCACACUCGCCGACAUAGCCGACAGCAAAGACAUGGACUGUGAGUUUGAAGACUUGCCUGUGGACCCCAAGCCUAACCCCCUUAGCAGUAGCGCGGAGGCCAAGGAGGAUUUCCUGUCCGUAAACCAAAGCCCCAAAAGGACUGUGACCAAUCUGGCCUCAAAACCCCUCGGCAGCAUAUCGCCCAUCCUCAACCGCAAAAUGAACCUGGCAGGGCUUCAGUCGCCGGUCAGAUCCCCACCCACACCAAAGCCCUCGCCACACAAGAGCAGUGAGCCAGGAGAUGGGCCACAGCGCCCCACUGGCCCCCCUCCACCCCCACCCACUCGCCCGCCGGUGCCCCCUAGACCCCACAUUAAAUUAACGUCCGCCUCUUCUGAAACCCAAAGUCUGCUGGAGGGGAGUGAAGCUACCAACGGGGCUGAGAAAACUCCAGAAAAGACUCAAACACACUCCACAGGAAGCAAUGGUGACAAAGGCAGUGCUGUGACGACUCCUGUGAAACAGCCCGAACCAAAACCAACAGUCAAAUCACCCGAACCCUGUGAAGAGCCGCCAGCGCCCCCCUCCACUCCCAGCAAGCAGGACCUGGCCAAAGACAAGGUUUCUGAGAGCUCCAUCAACACCCGAGACAGCAUGGAGGAUCACUCAAUGUGGGAGUCCUCAGAGACCAUGUUCCGCAACCGGACGGCUCACUGGGGCCAUGCCUCUGCGGUGUUAGAGGUGGAAAGCAACCAUAAGUACCUUAACGUGGCACUGUGGUGCAAAGACCCCUUCAAGCUGGGCAGCCUGCUGUGUCUGGGCCACGUCAGCCUGACACUGGAGCACAUGGCCCUGGAGUGUCUGUCCACGUCCUCAUCUGAGUACCAGAGCACCUUCAGGCUGGAAGCCCCAGAGCCCAGGGCCAGCGUCAGCCGCACCGCCCUGCGCAGCCUCAGCACCCACAAGGGCUUCAACGAGAAGCUGUGCUACGGAGACAUCAUCCUCAACUUCAGCUACCUGGCUGAUGGAGAGUCCGAGACGUGCGGUGGGCUGGCGGAGCGGGAGAAGAAGGCCAGCAUGCCGGACGAAGAGCUGAGGGAGAGGGAGAGGGAGCAGCCUUCCUCUAUUCCCAGUGAUGACCUGGCCUACAGCACCAUGCAGCUGGUGGAGGUGCGCCACAACUUCCAGGACACCCAGUUCCAGAACCCCACCUGGUGCGAGUACUGCAAGAAGAAGGUGUGGACCAAGGCUGCCUCCCAGUGCAUGAUCUGUUCCUACGUCUGCCACAAGAAGUGCCAGGAGAAGUGCCUGGCCGAGCACCCUCUCUGCGUGGCCGCCACAGACCGACGCAGUGCCGACCCGGAGGCUAAGUCCACCAUCAACCGCGCCACCACAGGCCUCAGCCGCCACAUCAUCAACACCGGCUCCCGUCUGCUCAACCUGCGCCAGGUGCCCAAGAGCCGGCUGGCAGAGCAAGCGGCUGAUGUUGUGCCCGACGUGGUGCACACCCCCGACAUCUCAGACAACGAGAGCAGCGAUACAGAAACCUACGCUGGGGCUAGCCCCUCCAAGCAUGCAGCCGGCAGCACCACCAAGCUGGUAAGGAGGGAGGGAGGACUUGAUGACAGUGUAUUCAUCGCGGUGAAGGAGAUCGGCCGGGACCUGUACCGGGGCCUUCCCACCGACGAGCGCUCGCAGAAACUGGAGCUGAUGCUGGACAAGCUGCAGCAGGAGAUUGACCAGGAGCUGGAGCACAACAACGCCCUGAUGCAGGAGGAGAGGGAGACUGGGGACGCCCGGAGGAAGGCUCUGAUCACGGCCGCCCUGACCAAGUCUGGGGAGAGGCUCCAGGCUCUCACCCUGCUCAUGAUCCACUACCGGGCAGGCAUCGAGGAUCUGGAGUCUGUGGAUAGUGCCGGCACCUCCCCCUCGGAGCCGCAUGGCCUCCAGGCCAAGGGCGGGGCCUUGGAGGAGGCAAUACUGGGGACAGAGGUUUAUGACAGUGACAUAUGCAGCCCAAUGGAGGCUCAGCUGCUGGAUGACAUCACAGAGGAGCAGAUUUGUGUGGAGGCGCUCCACUAGAGAGGACGAGGCAUGGGCUUGAGACUUACAACAAAAUUAUUGGAAUCCUUUUCUUUGGGGGUGGUGGGGUUUAGGUUACCUUCUGAAGAUUAGCUGAAGUGGUCUGGUGAGGGUGCAAUUGUUGAUUUGUAAACCAAUCAGUCAUGCGAUUCAUUCUUGUUUUUUGUCCUAGUUUUCCAAAAGUCAUACUUUUAAAGGGAAGCUGGAAAGCUAGAUUGUGAUCUGCUUCAAUUGGCAUUAAGAACCGUCUUCCAAGUCAAUAUGUAAGUGCUUGGAUUCAAUAAAAGUUGAAAACAUACUGUACAUUACUAUUUCGUACUAUUUUAGCUUUUGUUGACGUUAAUUCAUUUGUUUUCCUUACAAGGCACCUUGAAACAAAACAUAUUUUCCUAUUGCUUGAAAAUAUGAGCUUAAAUGUUUGUGUUCAAUGUUUUAAAUAGAACUGUUCGGUAUUUUAUCACUGCAAGUUACAGCAACCGCUUUUCAAAUUUGGCAUAAGAUUACAAUCAAAAUGUGGUCACCAUAGCAGGAGCUAUGCAAAUUGCAAAUGGUUCUGUUUUUAUCUAAAUUGUCUUUGGGCAAGGAAAUAAAUAUUAGUGUAAAAUAUAUAUAUAUAUAUAUAUAUACAUACAUACUCACUCACUCACUCACUCAACCAUAUGGAAAUGUGUUUUGUUUCAGAUUAUGUACUUUUCAUGUCACUCAUAUCUUCUGUUUGAGUACUUUUAAUUAAUGCAUAAUCAAGUUUUUGAGGUCACCCAUGACUUUUCUCUUCUUUUUUAGUUUUUGGAGGUUCUGGAACUACAAGCUCAUGUGAUAAUUCAAUGAAAUGGGCAAUAAUGUGGGGAAGAUAGUGGUCUAUCCCUGUCAUCCUCGGUUUAGUAUAUGUCACCGAGGCCAAACAUGUUUGACUAUGUAUAUGACCCAUUGUUUAACCAGCAUAUUAACUGUACAUGUUAUUUCUUUUUGGAACUUUUUUUCUGGGGGGAGGGAUAUAGUGAUGUAAUAGUUGUUUCUAAUUUAGAAAAUUAAGUUAUUUGAUUAAGCACCUGUUUUGUUGUCUCGCCCCCCCAUCCGAAUUGUUUACUUGGAUUGUUUAUAUGGAUAUAAUAACCCUGAACUAAAACUCAACUCAAAUAUGGUGGUGGUGGUUUUAUCCGAUCAUGUUACUUGAGACGAUAUGCUUGCUGUUCAAAUUCUUAUUGAUAGAUGCAAAGUAUUUAUGUAUUUAUGGCAGAAAAUAAUUUUAUUUGGUUAAUUUCGUUCUGAGUGUUGUUGUGUAAGAUACAGGAACACGUGGAUUUCUUUUUGUUUUGUUGUAUGUUUAUCUGUCUUUGUGGUUUGGUGACGGGUGUCGGGUCUGAUUUUGAUAAAUGCUCAGAGCAGUUAGGCUGUGAUUGUGUAAAGUUCUUGGCCUUUGAAAGUUGUUCUCAAUUAUGGACGAAUGUAUGUCCAUUUCUAUGUAUAUACAGUCCAGCACAAACCCUCUACAGAAAUGCAACCACUGUUGUACCCCAAUACAGUGAUGUCAUCAUGACAGGCCACAAACAAACUCCAUACAAACCUAUUACAAUUGUUGUAAGGCACAGAAGGAAAAGCGCUGGUUUUAGGAUAAGGAAAGCGUAAUUCUCUUAAGGGACCCAAAGCCUCUGGAUAGGAUCACUACGAGGAUCACUAAGGGUGUGUCCGAAUACCCAUAGCUAUACUCCUAAAUAGUAGGCUGUUUGAGUAUGUGAAAAAAUACCGUUUUAUAGUAGGUGAAAUGUUGAAAAUCUAGUAUACUUUAAAUCCCCGGAUAUCAUACUCAUUUCAGCUUUUUUAUCUAGUAGAAUUCGCUGCACACUAAUUGAGGAAGAUAAUUGUCUUUUCACACCCACGUUAGUUCGAGAACAACUGAUAAUCAGAAUAAGGGGCACACUCUACAAAAAUGAUUAAAUGGCGGGGAACAAGCGCGAAUGCGCAUUCGAUGACGCCUUCUCAGUAUGGAUGAGUAGUAUGUUGAUAUUUGUUGCUGACUGCAUACAUUUGUACUCAACAGUAUGUAGUACGAGUAGUACACAGUAUGCAGUUUAAGUAGUAGGCAAGCCAGAUUUCAACACAGCCUAUGACUUCUAUUCUAUUCUUACCAGGCUCAUUGAAAUCACAGUGCGUUUCUGUGGCUGUGCUGCCAUUGCUUCAGCAUAGGACCAGAGAUGGUGAAGUGGCCCUUUGGGUCAGACAGGAGAUGGGUGAAGGGGAAAGAAAGCUAAACUAAAUUCUGUGCAAUAGACGUGAUGCUCUUGUAGAAGCUGGCUUGGCUGCUACCUGUUGAUCUCUCUUCAAUUGUUGUAUAUUCAGAUUGUCGUGCAAUAUUUUUGUAGGAAAUGAAGACAAAAGUGAUAAUCAGGAAAGGAUUCUUCAGUUUUCUAUUUCUCGUUGUUUCUCUCCAUAGAAAGCCGUAUCUGACCGUUAGGUAACUUGGGACCCCUGGGCUGGAAUUGAGCUAAACAAGAGCUAAACAAGAGUAAACAAAAACACAUUUUGGGCUGUCAUGCUACUUCUGCUACUGCUGCUGUUGUAACUCUGUACUCUCUAAACCCAUUCCUACGCUCCUGAUCUGUCUCUCCAUACGAUUCACAGUAUACUAACAUAGUGUCAUGGCUUUCUGCUGUUGAAUUUUUUUUUUGUAAGAGGGAUGUUGUACACGGUUCUAGAGAUGGAUCAUGUGAUGAAGCGCUAUUGUACAUGGCCUCAAUAAAAAAGCUCACCUGAAGUCCA